UAUACCUGCAACGGAAAGUGUGUUUGCUCGGUUUUCGUACGAGCUGAUGGUAUCUAUCAGUCCACCGUAGAUAAUGAAACUCAUCGAGAAGGUAAUCAAUCCGACCGGCAAAACUCAUUUCGGAACGUUAAUUUUCUUUCACGGAUCAGGUGACACCGGGAAUGGUUUGACCGAAUGGAUUCGAUUCUUACUUGGCCGUGAUAUGGACUUCCCGCACAUUAAGGUGAUUAUCCCGACAGCACCGGUACAGCCAUAUGCCCCGAUGGGAGGUGAAAACUCGAACGUUUGGUUCAACCGGAAACGAAUCGAAAUGGACUGUCCGGAGAUCCGAACGUCGCUGGCUUCCAUCUACGACACUGUGAACGAGAUAUUGAAGCGAGAGAUGGCACAGGGUGUACCCGCGAAUAGAAUUAUUGUCGGAGGGUUCUCGAUGGGAGGGGCACUGUCUUUGCACACGGCCUACCAUCUGAAUCGCGAUUUGUUGGGAGCUUUUGCAAUUUCAUCGUUUCUAAAUACUGGUUCCAUUGUGUACGAUUCUUUGAGCUGUGUAAGUUCGGACGAGCGACUUCCGGAGCUGUUGAUGUUUCACGGUGAAAGAGACACACUGGUGCCGAUUGAGUGGGGCCAAACUACGUUCGACGAGCUGGCCAAGCUGGGCGUUCGAGGUCAGUUCGUUCCGCAUCGGAAUGCGCUGCACGAGAUUAAAAAAGAUCAGCUGCUUAAGGUUAUCGAGUGGGUCUACCGACUGAUUCCUGAACCACGAGAACCCACACCUCCUGAGCCAACACCUAGCGUGACUGCACCGAAGAAAAAGGGAAAGCUGUAGUCUGGGCUGUCGGUGUCAUCAAAGAGACGAAUCAAGUACCUUAACAGAUAUUCUAAAACCAUACUACAAUUUUUUUUUUCGGAAAUUCGUUGUUACGUUAUCAGUUCCUUACAGUUGUAAAAUCGUCUGGCGGCAAUAAAUCUUAUCGCAGACUAUGCAAA